UGAUCCAUGUGCAAGAAUGUCUAGAAUGUAGAAAUAGUGACCGGUGAUUCGUAGAAGCAUAGGAACACACAUUCAUGUUAGAACAGCUGAAAGAGAUCAAUCUAGUGAAUAAUCGCGAAUUAGUGAUCUGAUACCAUACAAAACAAUAAGCCAAUGACAUCAUCACGACUAUGCUCCGAAAUUUGCAAACAUGUCAUGAUCAGUCAUGAUUUUGUUUCGACUGGAGUUCAUUGUUUCAAUACUGAUUUGAUUUAAUCCGGACAUUAAAUUUAUCUUAACUAUAGAGAAAUCUAGUAAAAUAAGUGAUAAGUAAAAUUAUAGGUGGAGUUAUAGUAAUCCCAGUAAAAGUCGAACUGCGCAAUUUCUCAGUGUUUACAGCUUUUAUAUCCAGUGUUUUUUGUCUUUGUUAUAUAUAUUUCAUGCAAGUUUAAAGCUCCUUGUGCCCGAUGAAAAACUGUAUGAGCUGCAGAAUAAUGUUUAUUUUUUCGUCAGUUCUUUUGGAGAACAUAGACAAUUAAAUACGGGUCGCGAUGGAGGUGAAAGUGCAUCAGCCGUAGAAAAAUUGUCUGGAUCUUUGAAUAUACUUGAAAAAGCAACAAAAAUGUCGAUGCCAAGCCAUUGGAAAUUUCUUGCACAAAUAAAAGACUUUUUGAACAAAUCUGGGUACGAAAAGAAUGUGCAGUUUGUUAUAAAUAAGGACUGGAUCGACUUCUUUCAAAGAUUAACUUACUCUCAGAUUGAAAGUAUAAGAAAGAUUUCGUCUCACGAUACUUUGAAGCCAGGUUCGAACGAUGAAAAUCGAAGAAAUUUCGACAAUACGCGCAAAAUCGUUGCCGUUUCCUUGCCCGAGGAAGAGAAAAAUUUAGUUGAAGAAUUGAAGCAGGUAGUGAAGCAGGAACUAAAACAAGAACUAAAACAGCCAGUAGAUACUUCAUCGACGAUUACGACAGAAAAAGAGUUGAAGGAUCAAAUUUAUUGGCUUCCACAAGUUUUGGCAGCUUUAGUGCCGAAAUUCGGUGCAGCAGCGAAAGUAAAAUCAUUCCCGAUAAUUCCAAAGUGGAAGAAAAAUCUACAAAUUAGUGUUUCGAAACACAGCAUCCUCUCGAGAACAAAACACGUUUUAAACAGUAUUGCAACAGCGGAAUCAAAUUCAUCGAGAUGGAGGCGAGUUGAAGAUUUAUUGGCACACAUCGAUCAAUAUCCUGAAGCAAGAUAUCAUGCAAUUAAAGAAGGAGGAGUUAGCAUUCUGCUGAGAAUGAGACAGAGGACCAAGGACGAACAGACACAAGCAUCUCUCAGAGAAGCUUUAGCACUUUUGGGUCAUACUGAUCCCCUGCCCGGUCGAGGAAUCAGAAUUCUUGCCAUAGAUGGUGGUGGAAUUCGAGGAGUUUUAGUCAUCGAAAUGUUGAAGAAGCUGGAACAACUCACAGGAAAAAGGGUUUAUGAGAUGUUCGAUUAUGUUUGUGGAGUUAGUACUGGUGCUAUUCUCUCAGCUGUAAUAGGAGAUCACAAAAUGAAGACGUUAGACGAGGUUUCAAAAUUAUACAAGGAGCUGAGUACAAAAAUUUUUACCCAAAGUCCUCUGAAAGGUACAAGUAGUUUAGUUUGGAGUCAUGCUUACUACGAUACGGCGCUGUGGGAGCAAAUGUUACAGGAACAAGUAGGACAUAAGGAUCUGAUUAAAACUGCUCGUGACACAAAUACGCCAAAGUUUUCAGCAGUAUCUGCAGUCGUAAAUCACGAACGAGUUAUGGCUUACGUAUUUAGAAAUUACACUUUGCCUCAUGGAGCUGAAAGCCAGUAUAUGGGUUCUUACAAACACAAAUUGUGGGAGGCUGUGAGAGCUUCGGCUGCCGCUCCUAGUUACUUCGAAGAAUUUAGACGUGGAGACUUUCUCCACCAAGAUGGAGGUAUACUGGUAAACAAUCCAUGCGCUGUGGCUAUUCACGAAGCAAAGAAAUUAUGGCCAAAUAGUCCUAUUCAGUGUGUUGUUUCUUUUGGCACUGGGAGAACACCUUUUUUUAUUAAUCAAAAUGAAAGCGAGGAAACGGAAGCGGUGGCAGCAUCCAGUUGGAGAGAUAAGUUUUACAAAAUUCUGGACAGUGCAACAGACACAGAAGCGGUGCAUAUCAUGUUGAACGAUCUCCUUCCGGAUCACGUCUACUACAGAUUCAAUCCGUACUUGACUGAAAUGCUAUCCAUGGUUGAAAUUCGACCAGACAAAAUAGCACAACUAGAACAAGAUGCGGCAAUGUAUAUUAGAAGAAACGAGGACAAAUUUCUGCACGCAGCCAUGGCUUUACUUGAGAAAAAACCAGUCUCGCAAAAAAUUGGCGAUUGGGUGAGAUUGCAGAAAAAAAUGUUAGGUGUUUAAAUCCAUCCACUUCGCCUUGAAUCCAUGCAUUCCAUUUUUCGUUUUUUUACCUCUAAACUCUCUUUUCGAUUUGAAAUCUUUUUAAAUUUUGAAAAUAUCUGUCUUUAGGAUAUUUAUUUAAUUAAAUUUCCUCAAAGACUCAUCUCCCAUAUCUUGCAUUAUACAGUAAAGUUACCCAUUUUUAACUCAAUUUUAUUUUAAAUAUACAACUUUGUCUCUGAAUUUUCAAACUGCAGUAUACCUUAUAAUUAAAAGUACACCAGUUUAACUAAUGCUUUAUAUCAUUUGGAAUAUCGCAUUCAAUGUUAGACUUGUGAUAAAAAUAGAAUAGUCAUCAUAAAGUAAAUAUGUGAUAAUUGAAUUAAGGUCAACAAAAAUGUAAACACAUUAUUUUUCGUUCUGUGAUAUGGAAUUUUCUUUUAAGUUUUGUAGAUAGGGGAGACCACGCUACAGUAAAUAAUGAACCUACAGUCUAUAAUUAUUAAUUAAAAUAACUAAUUAAAAACCCAAAUAUACCUAAAAUAAUUAAUUCUAAUUUUAAUUUAUUAAUACGUAGAGUAUCCUGAUUAUUAAUUAAAUUAAAUUAAUUAUUUUAGGUAUAUUUGGGCUUUUAAUUAGUUAUUUUAAUUAAUAAUUAUAGUCGAUUCAUUAUCGACUGCAGGGUGGUCUCCCCUAAAUGAAAAUGAUUUAGCUAAUUUUUUUUUAAACACAAAGUUCAAUGUGUUUUGAUAUGUUUCCAUGAUAUAGUUUUUGUAUGUUUAGUCGAGAUUUAUUAUCAAGUGACGGUUCCUUCAGUGAAAAGGGCAACGUUUCUUGUUUUUUAGUAUUACGUAACAGAUACUCCUUUAUAUAUUAAAUCUUGCUUCUAGAACUUUUAAAUAACCGUAAGUGUAUAAAAAAAGAGACAGUCAAAACAGAAAAUACUUUUUAUUUAUUUUAUUGGGAAUUUAAAAUCUCUCAACCUAACUUUGAAUUAAGAAUUACUUAAACAUUUUGUUUACCUUAGACUUAAGUCCUUCGCUACAUUGGUAUACAUUUAAAUAUAAUAAUAGGGUCGUUGCGAAAUAAAAAUGUAUUUUUCAAGUUUGAUUUGAAGUAUAAAAAUAGAUAAACAUUUUAAUUGAGGGACCGCUCAUAAAUUACUUAACAUCCCCCGCCCAUGUUACGUAAUUUCUUCAAAUAUUUUUGGUUGUGUCUUCUGAUUUUUUGGAUAGGAGUAAUUUCAAAAAUUGGAGGAAAACUUUGUUUUUAUGGAUAAUUUUUAGAAUUACACUAAAAUAUUGUAAAUUCCUUUAAAUCUUUGGAAAUAUUAUGCAAUAUU